AGACGCUUGCGCUGGCUUAGCUGAACAUGAAAAGGAGAUUUUGAACGAACCCAAUGCAAAAAAGUCAAACCAUGUGGCAAAUUAUUGUUCUUUUGACGACGAAAGUGACAAAGAGUACUUCUUUUUAAUAAUGGAUUUAUGCGAGGAAACAUUGGAAACUUUUGUUGGUGAUAAGAAUAAGACUUUGAAGGAUCUGGUAACAAAUGCGCCAGUUAUCAUUCAGCAAGUUUUGAAAGGAUUAGCUGACCUCCAUCGCGAUCCAAAGCCCAUUUUGCAUCGAGAUGUAAAACCGCUCAACGUCUUGCGAAACAUGCACGGUGAUUGGUUGCUGGCAGAUUUUGGCAUCAUUCGACUCUUGGCGGGAGGUGCCACUACCCAUCAAAGCAAGCCGAUGGGAACGGAAGAUUGGAUAGCUGUUGAAUCCCAUCCUUCGAACCCUAACCUUUGCAUAACUGCAUGA